AUGCUAGCUGCCCGAACAAUCACCGCCAUCUCCAAAUAUGCUACUACUACUACUCUUAGAACGACCGCGAUAAGCAACAGACAGCUUCUCCCUCAAACAACCAAACGAUUCAUCGGAAUACCUCCCCAAUACCUGCUCGAUGACUAUAUACCGCGCUACCAGCUCCUCACCUCCAUAGACGCCUCCAAAAAGCGCUCGCUCGCGUACGCUCACCUCCGCAACUGCAAUCUGUGUCCACGCCUGUGCGGCGUCAACCGCUACGAAACAACAGGCAUCUGUCUGAUCGGCGCCGAAACAGUCAAGGUCAACGUUAUCGCGCCACAUCGCGGCGAAGAGCCGUGCAUCCAAGGGUUUUCCGGGUCUGGAUCUGUCUUUUUUUCCGGGUGUAAUCUGCGGUGCGUGUUUUGCCAAAACCACGAUAUCGCGCACCGGCGGAAUGGGUUUGAUCUCACGCCGGAGGCGCUGGCUGAAUGGAUGGUGAAGUUGCAGGAUGUUGGGAAUGUGCACAAUAUAAACUUUGUCACGCCAGAGCAUGUGGUACCGCAGGUUGCGCUGGCCAUUCUGACCGCUAGAGAUAUGGGGCUCAAGGUGCCCAUUGUUUACAAUACCUCUUCCUUUGACUCGCUAGACUCGCUGGCACUCAUGGACGGGCUGGUCGAUAUCUAUCUGCCCGACUUUAAAGUCUGGGAAUCCUCGUCGUCGAAACGACUGCUCAAAGCGGACAAUUACGCCGAGGUUGCACGGGAAUCCGUCAAGGAGAUGCAUCGCCAAGUCGGCGAUUUGGCGUUUACCUCGGACGGUAUCGCUAAGAAGGGGGUCUUGCUUAGACAUUUGGUCAUGCCGGGCAAAGAGGAGGAAGGGAUGCAAAUCAUGCAAUGGUUGGCAGAUAACGUCUCCAAGGAUUUGUAUGUGCAUGUUAUGGAACAGUACCAUCCAGACGCGCAUGUGGGAAAAAAGCGAAGAAAUGCAGCUACAAAGAACAAGGUCGUCGAGCACGGUGGCGCCGAAUCGAGCAGUAGAGAGGACGAGGUCAGGUACGCAGAAAUAAAUAGAGCCGUCACCGACGAGGAGUUGGGUAGUGUCAAGCAAGCGGCUGAAAAGGCUGGCUUGUGGAGGUUCUGCGAGGCUUCAGAGAAGCCGGGCUUUCAUCUAUAA